CAACAACGAGAUAGACUUUCUUUUGGUGUAAUCAGGAAGUCUCAAAGGCACCAUUAAGGUGAUAAUGACUCAGAUACUUCAGUACACAUUACAUCUGCGACAAAGAACUCCGUACGAUUAUGAGUUCAGUUUUGGAGCACAGCUUUUUUCUUUUUUUCUCGAAACAUUGUCCCGUUAAUCCAUCUUUGUUAAGGCUUGAGCAAGGUCAAGACAGCUUCAGGUGAUUGCAGCUAAUCAGCGCUGACAAUCAGUGAAGCGAGGAAAAAAACAACACUCGAGUACUGCCACCAGGUGACCACUCAAUCUUGUGUUUUUGUUUUGUUUACUGCACUUGAAAUUAAAUCCGUGAGUGGCAACCUUGGACGAGCAGGAUGUGAUUUCUGCAGGAUGUGUGGCUACAAAACGUUUGCCAUGGAAAGACGUGCCAUAGAAGAGAAACAGCCUGGAUGAUGGACGUGCGCGUUUCCAGCAACGCCACAGUCUCUGACUUCGAGAGCAACCCGGAUCUGUUGUUUCUCGCAUUCAAAUGCGGGAUCUUGAUUCUGACUUUAGUCGUGGGUUUGCCCGGCAACGUGUGGGUGUGUUGGGUCGUGUUCCGCACCAAGUGGCUCCAGACGAGCAACAACGCGCUUCUUGUCAGCUUGGCCGCCAGUGACCUCCUCAAGUGCUCCGUGGACACGCCGCUCUUGCUCGCCUCGUUCGUGCGAUCCGCGGAAAGCAACCGGCUGCCGGUGUCCGUGUGCGCCCUGCAGCAGUUCACCUGGGCCUUGUGCAGCUGCGUGCAACUGCUCACCCUGGCCAGCAUCAGCGUGGAGCGCUACCACGCCAUCUCGUUCCCCUUCCAAACCGAGCGUAGGAGAGCCCGCGUUCGCCUCUGGAUCAUGUUCAUCUGGCUAUGCGGCCUCGUAUUGGCCGGAAUAGCCCUGACUCUCUCCAAGCAAUCCCUCUUUUACGCGCACUGCCGGCCACCCGUCCCUCCCAGCGACGGUCAUCCGUAUCCGUUCGGACCUUACGUUUUGGUACCCAUAUGGGGGUUGUCUCUCACUGUUAUCGUCAUUCACUACGGGCGAAUCAUCAAACUCGUCAGGCAGCAUCGAAAGAAAGUUUUCAGUCGGGGUAUUCGAGUGAUGCCCACGGUGUCUGAGCACGUCUGGAGCUGUCUGGGCGAGUCGGCUUCAGCACCACGGUCAGCACCGCCGCUGGCCUGCUGCAAGCCGGUGGCCGGCUGCCGGCCGGGGCACUCGGUGUCCGGGGAGUCGUGCUCGGGCCCCGUGGCCGCAGGAGCCCGCAGGACACUACCGGAGAUCGUGGGGGCGGUGUGUCUUCGGACGCCCGGAGCCAGGGAACGAGGGAAGAAGCAGGUUGAGGGCAAACUGGCCAAACGCUUUGGCUACAUUAUUAUCACCUUCACGCUUUUUUGGCUCCCCAUGGUGGUUAUUUUGCUCAUGAAUCACCUCAUCGCGCGGCCGGAUACCGACAAAUUACUGCUGGAGAUGGAGACCUCGGCUCUGGUGCUGACCUGCGUGCAAGCUGCAGUGGAUCCGCUCAUCUACACUUUGGUCACCAGACAGUUUCGCUGUGAACUUAGCAAGAUAUUCUUGUCUAUCCGAAAGUGUCCACUGAAAUUUCCAAGCAAGAUUUAAAAGGAAACCCCUGUUUGCAAAAAAGAAAAAAAAAACCUCAAAUGUGUUUCAUUUGCACAGCUUAAACCAUGACCAAGGGAGGUUAAAAAAAAAAAGUCCACAAACCAUAUAUGUGGCAGAUAUAGAUGUUUUAUCAGGCUUUUCACAGUUGGGACACAAGACAAGGUCAUAAAUAAUAUCAAACACGACAAGAUACGCACAGCAAUAGUCUUAACAACAACAGGUGGCAUAGGAGGGCAAAGCAAAACGUGAGAAGAAAACCGAUUGCUCUUGAAGAAGACAAAUGAGAAUACAUAACAGAGAAAGAGAGCGCCAAACAAGACAGGGCGGGUCUAUUAUUUUUCAUUGUGUACAAAAAUCAAUGGAGACAUUGAGCCGAAUUCAAAUUGUGUUUGAAAGGGCUGCUGACACAAAACAAGCAAAAACGUUUCAGCCAAAUCAAAGAAAAGAGACCUCACUUUUGCCAUUACCUGUUCUACAGUAGAUUAAAAUAUUCCAAAUGUUGGAAUGAAGCCUGUAAACAUGAUGGGCUCCUUUUUUUCAUAGACAGGGCAACUGCACCUUGACACAAAUGCCGGCGGGUCCUUAUUUUCAAUUCGCUGCAAGGCUCGCUGUGCAUUUGCCAAUGUGACAAACAGGUCUCCUCCAAGCUGGGUGGGCCGGUGCAGCAGAAGGAGUGUCAUUGAAAUUGCCUGGCGGAGUGACGAUUCGGUGGCAGAAAGCCGAUCUCAACCUUACGCAUUCUCAGACCAUGUCUAGCUCUGGUGCAGGGUCGACAGCUCGUCUAACGCAACAUAUUUCAUUCAUACUAUAUAUGAACAGCAGGCAUCAAACCCUCUGAACCAUUGCAUUUAUUUUAAAAUAUC